AUGGAGGUCUGGGUAAGGUGCAUCUUUCUUCUUUUGCUGCAGAUCCUGACAGGAGGACACGGGGAUAUAUUGCCUUUAGUGUGGGGCCACCCCCGAGACGCUGGGAAGAUCAUUGGUGGCCAAGAUGCUCUCCAAGGAAAAUGGCCUUGGCAAGUCAGCCUGUGCAUAGCCGAAGAUGGCCACAUAUGCGGGGGCUCCCUCAUCCAUGAGGUGUGGGUGCUCACGGCUGCUCACUGCUUCCGCAGGUCUCUGAACCCUCGCCUCUACCACGUGAAGGUUGGAGGACUGACUCUUUCCCUUCUGGAACCCCACUCGACCUUAGUGGCUGUGAGGGACAUCUUCGUGCAUCCCGCCUACCUCUGGGGAGAUGCGUCUAGCGGAGACAUUGCCCUGGUGCAGCUGGACACUCCUCUGCAGCCAUCUCAGUUCACUCCUGUCUGCCUCCCAGCAGCCCAGGCCCCUCUCUCCCCUGGGACUGUCUGCUGGGUCACAGGCUGGGGGGCCACCCAGGAAAGAGACCUGGCAAGUGUCCUCCAGGAGUUAGCUGUGCCUCUCUUGGACUCAGAGGAGUGUGAAAAGAUGUACCACAUCCGGGGGAGCAGCCUGUCAGGGAAACGAGUCAUCCAGUCAGACAUGCUCUGUGCGGGCUUUGUAGAAGGCCAGAAGGACUCCUGCCAGGGUGACUCUGGAGGACCACUCGUCUGUGACAUCAACAGUUCUUGGAUCCAGGUCGGGAUCACCAGCUGGGGUAUUGGCUGUGCUCGACCACAUAGGCCUGGCGUCUACACUCGUGUGCCAGCCUAUGUGCACUGGAUUCAGAAGACCCUGGAGGAGAACCGCUCUGACGCCUAUGGGUGCCACUCCAGAGCCUCUGGGCCACACCAAAUACUGCUGCCAGUGUUACUGGCCUUUGCCUUGCCAGGGUCCCUGUGA